GCACAGCCGCACACAGUGGUCGCCGGCUUUCCAGAGAUCGGCCGUGGCAUUGGCAACCGGUGAGGGGGAUCCACGCAACUCCAGCUACCACCACCAUCGCCGCCACAGUGGCGCAUGCAGCAGCCGGCACGACGAUGGGGGAGCGAGACGCGCUUCCGCCGCUGCCGCUCGCCCUCGGCCCGCCGCAUCUAAUCCCGCCGGCGCCCACCCGCGACCCGCGCGCCAUCGCCUUCCUCCCUGACCUCGUGGGCCUUCCCUGGGUCGCCUACGCCGCCGGCUCCUUCCUCGUCGUAUCCCACCUCCCCUCCCCUUCCCGGGAUGACAACAGCAACGUCAGCUGCUCCCCGUUCUUCCGCCAGGUCAUCGACCUCCGCGCCCCCGUCUCCGCCGUCGCUUGGUGCGGCAGCGGGAGCGGAGAGGUCGCCGCCGCUGCUGAAAAUUCUGUAUCCGUCUUCCAGCCAGCGCCCACCUCUUCUCCAGGUUCGUUUGGUUGGCUCCUGAGAUGGUCUAUCACCGAGACGUUCGCCAUCACCGCUGUCUCCUGGACUGGCUGCGGCAAUGGCAUUGUGGCAGUUGGCUCAGGUGUUUCCAUGUGGACCAGAUUGGAGUCCUCCUGGCAGCUCACCUGGAGGUCUACGCCGCAGGUGCCGCAAGCACUUGUCUCCACUACCUGCUCCGUGCAGGGUCCUGUCGCGACAGGGGCAGCUCUUGCUCCAGCUGACGGCAGUGUGCCUGUUCUUGUGUUUCUGAAUGAUGCCAGGAGGGGGCUGGAGCAAGCUGAGCUUGUGCAUCCGCAGCCUGUUUGUAUGAUCCAGUGGAGACCCUGUUCGUUAUAUGUCCAUGAUCGGUCUGAGAUCAGGAGAGAGAUCCUCAUGACUUGCUGCUUUGAUGGGACUGUCCGGCUUUGGAGUGAGGAUGAGGUGGCCAGGUCGAAGAAGCAGCGUGGUUUGCAAAUAUCAUUCAGUGUCAUUGCAGUAAUGGAGGUAAACAACACUCUGAAUGGAGUCCUCGGAGUGGAUAUCAGUGUGAGAUGGUCCAUGGAAUCUGGCAGUGUUGUGUCAAGAGACGAGAAAGGUAGAUUCAAGUUGUUUUCAGGCGAUUUGAGGGAGAGCCAGGUUGGUAAAUGUGAGUGGCUUGUAAGUCUUGGGCCCGGUCCUUGCGUUAGCUUCUGGGCUGUCCAUUGUUUGGAUGAUGUAUUUCCUCCAAGGUACCCACGGAUUACUUUAUGGAAACAGAGCAAACUUCAGGGCUGGGGGGAGUCCUAUGUUAACUCAGGCCCUCCAAAAUCUAUAGAACAGUCAAUUUUUGUUGAGGCUGUCAUCUCAAGAAGCUUAUGUUCUGGUCCACCUGUAACAUGCUUUUUGCUUCAUUUGCUGGUGGACGAUUCAUUCGUUUGGUCAGCCUUAUCCACCAGACUGUCAGCUGAUUCUGGGAACCAUGCUUCAAGUGAUUCUGCUGAAAGUAUCUUGUGUUGUUUGACUAAGCCUGUCAAACAAGAUGGACAUAAGGGUAGCAUCAGACAAGUGGCUGUCCAUCCAUAUAGCUGCGAAAUAGAGCUAGCUGUCUCCAUGGAUUCAAACAGAAUGAUAUUUUUCUGGUCUCUGUCAACCUUUUCAACUCUCAUACCGACAUUGCAUGCACCUAUGUAUCCUUUAUGGAAGCUGUUGUGCAAAUUUGAUUUGCGUAACAUUUCUGAAGAUGUCCAGUACUCAUGUUUGUGUUGGGCGCCUUCUGUUACUCAUGAUAAUAGAUUUCUUGUCCUUGGAGGGGAAAGUGGAGCUGAUUGUUUCAUCGUCAGAAUUCAGAAAGACGAGGUUCUUUCAUGCCAGAAAAUUUUCACAAUCCCCUUCCUUGCAGAAAGCAAUGCCGAAGGGCCACCUGACAGCAUUCAUACAAUACCAUUAGAUUCUAAAUGCAGCAGUUGUUUCGUGAACAACAGUUUCCUAGUAGUAUGUCUAUGGAAGAAGACUUUCCAAGCUUUCUCAUGGAAAGUAGUAUUGCAUUCAGAAAAUCAAUAUGUCAAUGGGAGAUGUUUGUGUGGUUUUGCUCCUAGCUCACUUUCCACCACAAACCAAGGGGCACAUGUAUGCUUCGACAAUGAAAUGUUUUCAGCAGUUGUUUAUGAAGGUUCUUCAGUCUUUCCUUCUGGCCUGGAGGGAGAAUAUCCCACAUGCAUUUCUGUAAUGCUGCUGAAUAAUACUGUACUGCCUAUACAACAACAUGACCCUUACAGAACUGUUCCAGGCUAUCAUAUUGCUACUGGUUGCUCUGAUGGCACUGUAAAACUUUGGAAGAUGUCUUGUGCAGAUAACUCUUUACAGACUGAGAAAGAAAGACACAUCUGGGAGCUAGUAGGCAUGUUUGGUGCUCAUCAAGGACCAAUUGACACAGUUUUAUUGUCAGGCUGUGGUAGAGUUAUUACUGUUAGUAGAAAUUUGAAGAAAAAUAGCACCUCUAUUCAUAUCUGGGAAGCAGUAAAAAUCAGGGGGGAUGGGAAUUUUCUGCUAGAAGAUACACUAAUGUUGCAGGACCAUAUUGUUGGUUUAGACGGGCUAUCCUUAGGUGAUGGACGAUUUCUACUUGCAGUUUAUCUAGCUAAUGAGUUGCGUAUAUAUUCUCAUAAGCAUUCUUCCUUCCAGAAUGUACUACACACUGAGAAUUCAAAAGAAGAGCAUCUUUGGAGCUGUAUUGUAUUAUCCCAUGCUCAUCAUGAUAUUGUUGGCUUUCAUUGGGGGCCAAAAGCAACUGUUGUGCUUGUUCAUGAGAACCAUCUUUCACUCUUCAGUUCAUGGCUAGUAACUGGAGAUGAUGAGUACAUGACCCAGAUACAUUCUUGUCCUGUAGUUCAUGAGAUGUUGCCAUGUACUAACAAUUUUAACGAAGCUACUUUUGGUAAACUCAAGUUACCAGAAAAUUACAACAACAGUAGAAAUGUUGAUAGCAAUGAUGUCCUGCUAACAGACCAACAUAGUCACUAUUCUCAUGGUUUUUGGAGCUUGUUGCAUAUAGCUGAUAGAUUGAGUGGACCGCUGGCAUCAUAUCACCCAAGAGCACUUGUCCAGUAUCUUUAUUCAGGUGAAUGGAAACGUGUCGAUGCUGCUCUGCACCAUCUUUUUCAAUCCAUGAAAGCGAGUGAAACUUCGAAGGCCAUGUCAAAGUGCAGCACAUGCCAUAAAUCAAGCCAUAGUAUUCCAGAACUUCCUUUGUCUGAAUACUUUGCAGCAACAGUGUCCAACAACAUUUCUACCAAGGGGUUUAUGUGGGGUGAAGAUAGAAGUAACACAACUUUCAAUCUGUUGUCACCUUCAACUUCAAUUCUUUAUGAGGAUGGCAAUUUAGGUAUCAAUACUACAACUAGUGCAUCCAGGAAACCAGAGAUUGUUGAGCUCCUUGAUAAGAGUUCCAGCAUAUAUGGUAUAAGUGACUCAGAGAAAAAUCAGAUACUUGCAAUUUCUGAUCUUAUGGCUGGAAUCACUGAUCAGAGCUAUUCCUCUCCCUACAAAAACCUUGAUGAAGCAGGAAGAAGGUUCUGGGUUGCUGUGCAGUUCCAACAACUCCAUGCUCUUAGAAGACCUGGAGAUUCAUCAGGGUGCCGUGUUGAUUCUGCUUCCAUAGCGUGGGCCUUCCAAUCUGAUUGUCAGGAUGAUCUACUUAAUUCUGUGCUUCCUGCAGAGCCAACCUGGCCAGAGAUGCAAAAGCUUGGUAUAGGAUUGUGGUAUACAAAUGUGUCCCAACUAAGGACAAGGAUGGAGAAGUUGGCAAGGUUGCAGUAUCUUAAAAGUAAGGACCCCAAGGAUUGUGCUUUGCUCUACAUAGCAUUGAACAGAAUAAAAGUGUUGGUUGGUCUUUUCAAGAUUAGUAGAGAUGAGAAGGAUAAGCGUCUAUAUGAGUUUUUGUCCAGAAACUUCCAGGAAGAAAGGCACAAGGCUGCUGCUCUAAAAAAUGCUUAUGUACUAAUGGGAAGGCAUCAAUGGGAGCUUGCUAUAGCUUUUUUUCUCCUUGGUGAUGAUACUUCAUCAGCAGUGAAUGUUUGUGCAAAGAACCUUCAAGAUGAACAGCUCGCCAUUGUAAUUUGUCGGCUUGUUGAAGGAUCUGGAGGGCCUCUGGAGCGUAAUCUCAUUUGUAAUGUGCUACUUCCAGAUGCAAUUGAGAGAGGAGACAACUGGCUGUCAAGCCUGUUUGAGUGGAUGUUAGGGAAUUAUUGCCAGUCUGUCAAUAGACUAUUUGGUUGUCAUCCAAAGUUGCUGAUUAAUCAAAAUGUGCUUGCAGACCCAGAAGUGGGUCAUUACUGUGCAAUUCUCUCGACAAAAAGUAGUUUCAGAAACUCUGUUGGUGAAGCUGUAUCUGCAAAGUUAUCUAAGUUUUCAUUUGCAGUGGCUGCAUGUGCCUUGAAUAAGUGUGGACUACCUCUUGAAGCACUUGAAUGCCUAUCUACUAACUCAAGCAUAGAUGGCAAGGAUAGCAUCAUCUCACCUGGUGAUGGAGAACACAAGAUUUUUGAUGGAAUACUGAGCCCUUUCUCUGCUUCUAAGAAUUGGCUAUCUUCAUCUGUCAUUAGUGGUGUUGAGUCCAACCUUAAAGUAACUAUGGCUUCAAAGUAUCUAUCUAGCCUUCUGAGAAAGCAUUCACUCUGUUCACAAUGCAACACAUCAUUAUCUGAAGAAAAAGUUCUUAAUGAGUACAACAAUCAUCAAAUUGAAAAACUUAUGUGUGAUAUUACAGCAGUAAUCUCAAUAUUUGAUAAAAGGUUCUCCCUCAAAUUUGCUGAUAUAGCUGAGAAGAUCCUAAUCUUUUGUAGCCAUGAUGGUUUAUUGUUUCUAGCGCAUGUUUUGUUAUGGGGUACUAGGUCACCAGAUGUUGCAACUGAUAAUCGUAUUCUUGAAUGUCACCCUCUCUGCCCACUCGAUUAUCUGUUAUUGUUUUCAUUCAAAGAGAGCUGGAAGUUUCUUAGUCGAUAUGUUGUCUUCUCCUCCAUGUGUUCUGUUCUGAGUAUGGAGCACACCAAUUCUACUGCAUGCGCACCUAAAGAGAGUCAUAAGUACAUUAUAACAGGUUUGUCAAAUUACCUGAACGUCAGCAGGUUACUUCUUAGACAUGACAACAGUGGAAAUUAUAUUCUGGAUGACAGGUCAGCUGUGCUGGCAGUUAUGGAUCUGUUUGAGUACAUUGUAGACUUUUCCUUUUCUUGGUUGUAUUGCGACAUAAAAGCAUUACUUAUCAUGAUAAAUCCAGUUCUAGCUGCUUCUGUUAAUGGGGAUCCCUUUCAAGUACUAUUAGAUCAACUGAUGCAUGCUAUACGCCACAAAAAUCAUGAUAUAUCAUUGAAUACAGAAGGAGAAAUGCCCUGUGCUGCAUUGAGUAAGACACAACUAAAAAAGAGUGUGAAUUCAAAUCUUUUAGCAGAUGAGAAGUGGCAUUUGGUAGGCACUUCUGUGUGGGUUCGGUUGAUAUCUGUGAUUGAACAUCAUCUAAGGGAAUUCUUUGAAAAAGAGGGACUUGAACACGAAGUUGGUGUUAGUGGUUCAGAAUUCAGGGGUCUUAUCACUUCUGUUGCUGCAAAAUUUGUUAUGGAUUCCAUUCAUUUUAUGUCAUCUUCGUUAGUAAAACUGCAUGCAUCGUUCUUGAGGAAGAAGUUACCAAUGAAUUCAAGUUCGAGUUUGCUGUUCUGGUUAGAGUCCAAGUUGUCUCAGCAACACCCAGUCAGUGAUAGCCAUGAUCACCUCUCGAGAAUUUCGCAGCUUUCAAACAGUGAGAAUAUGGAGGCGUUGUUUAAUAUUUUGUGGGAAAUAUCUGUUAAUCCUGUGGAUGUUUGUAAUGCCUUUGUGAAUGAAGGAGUUAAUUGUUUUUCUUUAAGCAGCAUAAAUGUCACUAGAUCUUGGAAGGACAUAAGAUGUCCUGUGGUUGAGUGUGAUAAAGUUAUUACUCAAAGAAGUGGAGAAGAACAUGAACACAGACUUGGCUCCAAGAACAAUGGGAAGGGACAAGGAUUCACUGACAAAGCCUCUUCUAACGGCGAAGUGUUUUUUGAAACUAAAAGAAGAGAGUUGAUCAUACAAAAAGAGUUUCAGAGCCCAAGGGAAAUUUUAAGGAGAAGCGGGGAGCUUCUUGAGGCGAUAUGUCUUAACUCUGUCAAUGAGAAACAAGCUGCUAUUGCUACUAAUCGAAAGGGCCUUGUUUUCUUCAAUUGGAGCGACAAGCAGCAUGACAAGAAUUUUUCAGAGUAUGUCUGGUCGGGAUCUGAUUGGCCAUUAGAUGGCUGGGCUGGCUGUCAGUCUACACCUACUCCAACUUCUAUCUCGUCUGGUGUUGGUCUUGGUCGGAAAAGAGGGUCACAACUUGGUUCAGGUGGAGGGACUAUAGGUUUGGGUUCGUUAGCAAAACCUGGAAGAGACCUAACUGGUGGUGGAGCAUUUGGAAUUCCAGGCUAUGCUGGUAUUGGGGCCUCUGGGUUUGGGUGGGGUGAACCUGAAGAAUUUGAGGAUUUCAUUGAUCCUCCAGCAACAAUUGAGAACAUCCAUUCAAGAGCAUUAUCCCGCCAUCCCUCAUUACCAUUUUUUCUUGUUGGUUCAAGCAAUACACAUGUGUAUCUGUGGGAGUUUGGUAAAGAUAGUGCUAUGGCUACAUAUGGUGUUCUACCUGCCGCUAAUAUUCCACCGCCUUAUGCACUGGCCUCCAUAUCAGCUGUUCAAUUUGAUUAUUAUGGACAGCGGUUUGCCACUGCUGCAUUAGAUGGUACUGUUUGUACAUGGCAAGUUGAAGUGGGUGGAAGAAGCAAUGUCCAUCCUACAGAGUCAUCUAUAUGCUUUGACAGCCAUGCCUCGGAUGUUGCGUAUGUGUCUGCAAGUGGAUCAGUUGUUGCUUCUGCUGGCUAUAGUUCAAAUGGUGCAAAUGUUGUUAUAUGGGACACACUGUCUCCACCAGCCACAUCUCAAACUUCUAUCAUGUGCCAUGAAGGAGGAGCUCGGUCUAUUUCUGUGUUUGAUAGUGAUAGAGGCUGUGGGUCUAUAUCACCGCUUGUUGUGACUGGUGGGAAAAAUGGAGAUAUAGCUUUGCAUGAUUGCCGCUUCCUUUCUACUGGAAAGUCCAAGCAUCAUAGAAUUACCACUGAGCAUGGUGUCAAGGCAUCUUCCAUGCAUGACAUCAAAUCUAGUACUUUUGGUGGUACCAAUAGCGGGAUGGUCUGGCAUAUACCAAAGGCUCAUCUAGGUAGUGUCACAAAGGUAUUGACCAUCCCAAAUACCUGCUUGUUCUUAACUGGAAGCAAAGAUGGAGAUGUGAAGCUUUGGGAUGCUAAAAACUCCCAGCUAGUCUUUCACUGGACAAAGAUGCAUGAACGGCACACCUUUUUCCAACCAACUUCCAGGGGUUUUGGCGGUGUUGUUAGAGCUGCUGUAACAGACAUCCAGGUGUUGCCUAAUGGUUUCGUUUCAUGUGGGGGUGAUGGUUCUGUGAAGCUUGUUCAGAUAAAAGAUCUCGCUGCAGCAUAUCAGCGUUAAUACAAGCAAAGAGGGAAGAAAACAUGCUAGAAGUUGUGAUGGAUGCAGUUUGUCGCUUGAUAUCAUUCUAUUUUGUUUCGUGCAUGAGAAUUUUGAGAUGCUUUACUCCUUUCAAGGAUGGCAUAGCAAAGACGGAGCUAUGAUGUAAGAGCAGAGACAUCUAGGAAAUUUGACAUCAGAAUUUGUACAUCAAGUUUUUAUAUGAGCUUGAUAUGUGACUAGUCAUACUGCCUCAGUGAUUUAUUUUGAGGCCAUGAGUUUUUGCACUUUGCACAAGGCAAUGUGGACCAUAAAUCUUUGGAAAUUUGUACAGUAAGUUAUCUUGUUUUGUUCGCCAGGAUGUUGAUGAUGGAGGGUGUAAAGUUGUAAGCUAGAAGUAGGGAGAUACCAAGCUACAAUACUUUUUUUUCAAUACAUAAGUGCUGGGUUUAGGGUUAAUGUACAAUGGCAGGGCAAAUGGACCAAACAAAGAUUGUAUUUGGUGUGGGAGAAUUUAUGCGAUUUGUCGAGUAGAGCACUGGCGUUAA